GCCUUACAUUGGGACUGGUAGUGUUCUUAGUACUUGUUUGACUUUUUGAUAUUUUUUCCCUACCUCUCCUUUAAAACCCAGCCACUUCUUCACCAUGACCGUUUCGACGGCAAGGAUGAUGGUGCCUACGAUGGUCGUGGCGUUUUUGUCUCCAUGUCUUGGGAUGAGCAAUGAAGUGGAUUAUGGGAAUUGGAACUACAGAGAGGGAGCAGAGAAUGUGAACGUGGCUAACAUACGCAGCGUGACUCGAGUGCUGGACGCCUGGGGCAAACGCAUAUUCAGAGAUAUCAAGACUCUCUUACACUCACAACCCAAUGCCCUCUUGCCAGACUACUCCAGGGUUCGUCCUCUCUCAGAGUCCCUAAAUGAUCUUUUCAGAGAAGUCUCCCACUUACAGAGGCGCAUCACAGAUCUUAACAAUCGCCUAGCAACCCUGGAACCCUUCCUCCGUCAUCAUGGUUACAGAGAGGAGGGGGAGGAAGGAGGGGAUGGCAAGGAACCGGCUCCUCAGAGUGUGGGACCAAGUCAAGUGAAGUAUCCACGGCACUACGUGGUUCGAGUGGUCCGUCCUGCGAACAGGGUGGUGAGAACCAGACGAGUCAAAGUGUCCAAAAAUGAAAAGGUUAAAGAGAGUGAGAGGUAGAGGGAUAGACGGAAGAUUUGCAAAUAUUACAAUCAGAUGCAUUAAUGUUAUUCAGGAAAUAUCCUUUAUACUGGGGAUUAAAUACAAUUUACAUAUUAAAAAUGUUAGUGUACUAUACAAGUGUGCAUUCAUUUUCUUUUGUCUGUACUCCUUCACGUUUGGGUCUCAAAGGUGCGAUUAAAGUUCCCUGGCAGGAAAGCAAAUGUUGGGAAUGUUGAUUGUGGAAAACUUUCCCAGCAGGAUAAUACCAAAUGAAAAAAGUACCUUGAGAGUAAAAACAGACACUCUCGCUCCUUCCAAACAAAGCUAAACAAGGAUGAAGCCAUAUACAAUCAGUUAUUAUUUUCUGUGAAUAAUCUUCAUUUAUGUAUUGGUAUCCAGAGACGUGUGUGACAGGAAUAAAAUCAGGUGAAUAAAUUUUAAUACUUUAAAAUAUA